AGGUUCCACAUUUGGCUUUGCACACCUUCCUUGAUCCUAUCAAUGGCGGAUCUGAAAUCAACCUUCCUCGACGUUUACUCUGUUCUCAAGUCUGAUCUGCUUCAAGAUCCUUCCUUUGAAUUCACCCACGAAUCUCGUCAAUGGCUUGAACGGGUACUCCUUCGAUUCACUUCCAUUUUCACUUAAACUCAGAUCCUUUGAUGAAUUUGUUUCUGCUGAUUGGAACCUCUUUUUGCAGAUGCUUGACUACAAUGUACGCGGAGGGAAGCUAAAUCGUGGUCUCUCUGUGGUUGAUAGCUACAAGCUGUUGAAGCAAGGUCAAGACUUGACGGAGAAAGAGACUUUCCUCUCAUGUGCUCUUGGUUGGUGCAUUGAAUGGCUUCAAGCUUAUUUCCUUGUGCUUGAUGACAUCAUGGACAACUCUGUCACACGCCGUGGCCAGCCUUGUUGGUUUAGAAAGCCAAAGGUUGGUAUGAUUGCCAUUAACGAUGGGAUUCUACUUCGCAAUCAUAUCCACAGGAUUCUCAAAAAGCACUUCAGGGAAAUGCCUUACUAUGUUGACCUCGUUGAUUUGUUUAACGAGGUAGAGUUUCAAACAGCUUGCGGCCAGAUGAUUGAUUUGAUCACCACCUUUGAUGGAGAAAAAGAUUUGUCUAAGUACUCCUUGCAAAUCCAUCGGCGUAUUGUUGAGUACAAAACAGCUUAUUACUCAUUUUAUCUUCCUGUUGCUUGCGCAUUGCUCAUGGCGGGAGAAAAUUUGGAAAACCAUACUGAUGUGAAGACUGUUCUUGUUGACAUGGGAAUUUACUUUCAAGUACAGGAUGAUUAUCUGGACUGUUUUGCUGAUCCUGAGACACUUGGCAAGAUAGGGACAGACAUAGAAGAUUUCAAAUGCUCCUGGUUGGUAGUUAAGGCAUUGGAACGCUGCAGUGAAGAACAAACUAAGAUACUAUACGAGAACUAUGGUAAAGCCGAACCAUCAAACGUUGCUAAGGUGAAAGCUCUCUACAAAGAGCUUGAUCUCGAGGGAGCGUUCAUGGAAUAUGAGAAGGAAAGCUAUGAGAAGCUGACAAAGUUGAUCGAAGCUCACCAGAGUAAAGCAAUUCAAGCAGUGCUAAAAUCUUUCUUGGCUAAGAUCUACAAGAGGCAGAAGUAGAGACAUACUCGGGCCUCUCUCCGUUUUAUUCUUCUGACAUUUAUGUAUUGGUGCAUGACUUCUUUUGCCUUAGAUCUUAUGUUCCCUUCCGAAAAUAGAAUUUGAGAUUCUUGUUCAUGCUUAUAGUAUAGAGACUUAGAAAAUGUCUAUGUUUCUUUUAAUUUCUGAAUAAAAAAUGUGCAAUCAGUGAUAAAUUGAUACUUGUUAAUGUGGCAAAAAUUUUGUGUCA